UAGACAAAAAGCAAAUUCGAUUGAUUUUCUUAUUUGAAUUCAAAAUGGGUCGUAAAGCAGAGGAGACAACUCGCAACAUCAACAACGCAUUUGGCCCAGUAACUGCUAAUAAAUGUAUAGAGCAGUGGUGGUUUAAGAAGUUUUGCAAAGGAGAUGAGAGCAUGGAAGAUGAGGAGUGUAUUGCCCAGUCAUCAGAGGCUGACAAUGACCAGCUGCGAGCCAUCAUCAAAGCGGAUCUUCUUACAACUACACAAGAAGUUGCCAAUGAACUCAACGCGGACCAUUCUAUAGUCAUUUGGGAUUUGAAGCAAAUUGGAAAGGUGAAAAAAGUCGGUACGUGGGUGCCUCAUGAGCUAACCAGAAAACAAAAAAUCGAUGUUUUGAAGUGUCAUCUUCUCUUAUUCUGUGCAAUAACAACAAACCAUUUCUCAAUCAGAUUGUGAUGUGUGAUGAAAAAUGGAUUUUAUAUGACAAGUGGCAAUGACCAGCUCUGUACUUGGACCAAGAAGAAGUCCAAAGCACUUCCCAAAGCCAAACUUGCACCAAGAAAAGGCCAUGGUCACUGUUUUAUGGUCUACUGUCAUUCUGAUCCACUAUAGCUUUCUGAAUCCCAGUGAAACCAUUACAUCUGAGAAGUAUGCACAGCAAAUUGAUUUGUUGUUCAGUCACUCAGUCAUGUUU